UUCGGUAACACCUGUGCUUUUCCUGCUAUGGCAAGUCAAAAUGUCUGCUGGGAAAAAGGCUUAUUUGCCAUUUAAGAUGUGAAAACCAGUGUGGGGACAACACAGAACUCAGUUCGGGUUUCUGUUUCCACAUCAGUAUUAUGCAUAAUUACCCAAGAGAGGCAGAUGCUCCUGGCCUUGGACCAUUGCAGACCCCGAAAGCCACAGUUGUGCAAGCAGAUAGAUUUAUUAACAAAGAGGUCUGCGUCUGAAUCGCUGUGGAGGAUGAUCCUGUUGGCUGUGACAGUGGCACUCAUGUCAGUGUGCAGGGCGUCAGAGUACGAGUACCUGAGCUGGAAGACGGACUUGUACAACGGCGGGCGCAGCUACGGCAAGCCUCCGCAGUGCGUGGACAUCCCGGACGACCUGCGGCUCUGUCACAACGUGGGCUACAACCAGAUGCUGCUGCCCAACCUGCUGGAGCACGAGACCAUGGCCGAGGUGAAGCAGCAGGCCAGCAGCUGGGUGCCCCUGGUGCACAAGAACUGCCACCCGGGCACGCAGGUCUUCCUCUGCUCGCUCUUUGCGCCCGUGUGUCUGGAGCGGCCCAUCUACCCGUGCCGCUGGCUGUGCGAGGCCGUGCGGGACGGCUGCACCCCAAUCAUGGAGGCGUUCGGGUUCCCCUGGCCGGAGAUGCUCACCUGUGACAAGUUUCCCCAGGACGAUGUGUGCAUUGCCAUGACGCAGCCCAAUGCGACCGAGGCCACCAAACCGACAGGUUACUCUCCCAUCUGCCCCCCAUGUGACAAUGAAAUGCAAACAGACGCCAUACUGGAGCACAUGUGUGCCAGUGAGUUUGCUUUCAAGACCAAGAUCAAGGAGGUGAAGCGAGAAAACAUGGACCGCAAGGUGAUCCUGCAGAAGAGGAAGAAGAUGUUGAAAGCGGGGAACCUGAAGAAGAAGGACUUGAAGAAGCUGGUUUUGUACUUGAAGAAUGGGGCAGACUGCCCCUGCCAGCAGCUGGACAACCUGGGACACCAGUAUCUAAUCAUGGGCCGCAAGGUGGAUAAGCAGUAUCUCCUCACAGGCAUCCACAAGUGGGACAAGUCCAGCAAAGAGUUCAAAAAGGCCAUCAAGAAACUCAAGACCCACAAAUGUCCCGCCUUCGAGAACGUCUUCAAAUAAUACGACCCAGUCCCCGUCCCUGGUCGCAUCUCAUCCCACAUAUGAACUUGCAUUAAGCAUUAAAAUCUCAAACUUUGCUUUCUAUUGUCCUGUUUAUAUAUCUAUAUAUCUUUGUAUAUUUACAGAUAUACUUUGAAAUGUCCAUUAUCGUGUUUUAGUCAAAUGUGGUGAGUGAUGACAUCACAAAUAAUUAAAGGGUUGGGUUUCCUUUUUGUUCUCCUGCUUAAGAAAAGGACAUUGUAGUAACGGCCCUUCCUUAUUGAAAUCCACCAUAUGUAUGUAUUUCCACCAUAUGGAUAGAUACUUUGUUACACUCUUUCAUCCUACAGCUCAGUGGAUUUUGCUGAAAGGAAUAGUUGGACAUUUUUGGAAAUACACUUUGCUUUUUUGCCAAAAGUUAGAUGAAGAGACUGAUACCACUCUCAUGUCUGUACAGUAAAUAUGAAGCUAGAGCCAGCAGAUGGUUAGCUUAUGUUAGCAUAAGACUGGAAGCAGGGGGAAACCGCUAGCAUGGCUCUGUCCAAAGUUUAAAAAAAAACACAGAUAGUUGUUUUUACAUUUUGUUUUUUGUACAUAUUAAACAAAUGAAAUAUAACGUGUUAUUAAUGAGAUUUAAAUGUGCUAGUAGACUAAUUUUUUUGGGACAGAGCCGAGGUAGCUGUUUCUUCCAACUUCCAUACUUGCUAAUGUAAGCUAACCAUCUGCCUGCACUAGCUUCAAAUUUGGUGUAGAGGAAUGAGAUUAGAAUUGAUCUUCUCAUCUAACUCUUGGCAGGAAAAAUGUCCAACUUUUCCUUCAAGUCUUUCUCACAUUGAUCAUACAAUAAAUCAUAAAAUAACUGAUUAGACUACAGAAUUGGCAGUUGCAGUUAUUUUGAGCUUUAAAAGCCACACUGUACAGAGCAGCUCCAGAAAGGGUUCCUGUUGAAUAACUUAUUGACAGAAGUAUGAGAGUGUUGCCAUUAGCUGAUUGUUUUAUAAGACUAGAGACUGCACUACCAACAGUUUUGAUGAUUUCCUUUUCAUUUCUUCAUUGCAUUGUUAAAUUUCUUUUUGUUACUUGAAAAAUCUUAAGAGAAUCCUAACCACCAAUUCGCAUCAUGAGAUAAUGAGUAGAUCCUUGUGGCAGAUUACUUGAUUUCGUGUCAUGCAUCGUCACCUGACAUUUGGCUAGAUAUUUUUACAACUUUGCUGUCUCUCUACAUCCAGGCUAACUGCAAUAAUCAAUAUUAAUCAGUAAUGGCACACGCCUUGUAGUCAUACAUGUUAAAUGUGCAAAAGUUAUCAUAGUGCAAAUAUUGCCAACUCUGUGUUCUGGUUUGUUUUGCUGGUCCGUUUUAGCACUAUUUUGUUGCAGAUUUGAAUGUGAGUGGUGCAUUUUUGCCUAUUACAUGUACAUACAAAUUUUACAUAAAUAUGGAAACAUUUUGUCUCUUA